UUUGUAUGAAAAAGAAACACACAAUCACUCUCCCUUUGAUUCUCCUCCUCUGUUUUCGUUUUCAACAUCUCACCCUAACUUGAACCACAAUCAUUCCUACUCACCUUUUCCCUCUAUAGGUUUUUGAAUCAAACCCACUUUAAUCCAUUCUCUAGCUACCUAAUCUUCUUCUCAUCAUUUCUUGUAUCAUAAAAAGCUUCUUCAACUCUGUUUCUUGGACUUCCAUUCUCUCUUUUGACCAUUCUUUUCACUUUACAUCACCCUAAGUUACUUCAAACAACUACUAGUACUCCAAGAUUCAUAUUCGGCUAUCAAGUCGUGUUCGUGUCAGUAAACGGUCUUAGUUUCCCCGAUUCAUAUUCGGGUAUCAGGUCGUGUUCGUGUCGGUAAAAAGUCUGGUUUCGGGUCAAGCUAAAAUUUCUCUAUUUUACUUAUGCCGCAGAGAAAGUUGAUGAAUGAGGAGAGCAAGUUAGGAGAGAAAUGCAAGAUUAGGAAAAGGGGUGCUUCAUCAUCUUCAUCUUCAUCACUGGUGCAGAAUUUUCGGUUGAAACGAGCGAUCCUGGUUCGGAAAAGAGGCGGAUCAAGCACACCGGAACCAUCUUGGAAGAUGACCACAAGGCUGUCUCCAUUGCGCGGUGAUGAGGCUAGUGGAAAGGUGAAAGAAGCUUCUGUGUCAGCGCGGAAACUCGCGGCCACCUUGUGGGAGAUUGAUGAGGCUCCUUCUCGUAACAUCAAACAGAGUGUUGUUAGGCAUUCUACUGAUCUGUCACACAUUCCUGUUUCAGAGUACAUGGACAGACAGAGGACAAGAAAAUCAGGUGGUUCCACCAAAAUUCAGCACACUGACAAAAGUUACAGAGGAAUGGAUUCUCUUAGGAAUGCCAACUUGAUAAAGGUUGAAAUCCCAGCUCAUAGACACGGUGUUGGAACGAUGACACGUUUGAAAGACAUCAAAGAAGGGCUUAUCACAUCGAAAGAGCUUCUGAAAGUUCUGAAUCACACUUGGGAGUUGGAAGAGCAGCGAUCAACAUGUGUAUCUCUUAUUAAUGCACUAAAAUUUGAGCUUCAUUGUGCUCGUGGGAAGGUCGAGAAGUUAAUUCAAGAACAGCAGUCCCACCAUAGUGAGAUUGAUUAUCUUCUGAAACAGUUUGCAGAAGAAAGGUCAGCCUGGAAAAUGAAAGAACGGAGCAGGAUUCACGAUGCAGUCAAGUCCUUGGCAGGAGAGCUGGAAACAGAGAAGAAGCUGCGAAGACAAACUGAGAGACUGAACAAGAAGCUAGGAAGAGAACUGGCAGUUACAAAAGAGUCAUUGUCAAAAGCAGAAAAGGAUAUAGAAGGUGAAAGGAGAGCAAGGGAGAUACUCGAGCAAGUUUGUGACGAAUUGGCGAGAGGUAUAGGGGAUGACAGAGCUGAAGUUGAAGAACUCAAGAAAGAAUCAAUCAAAGUCCGUGAAGAGGUGGAGAAAGAAAGAGAAAUGCUUCAGUUGGCCGAUGUAUUACGCGAGGAGAGGGUCCAGAUGAAGCUUUCAGAGGCCAGGUAUCAGUUUGAAGAGAAGAAUGAAGCAGUGGAGAAGCUAAGAAGUGAGCUGGAGAGCUAUUUGAGAACUGAAAAAGGUGAAGAGAAGGGGCACGACUUCCCUAACAAUGACAGAAUCAAGGAGCUCAAGGAAUACUUGAAGAAAACAUUAAUACAGCCAUGCCUACAAGGAGAUGAUAGGGGAAGGGACGAUUCACCUGAUAGUGAUGAUCAGUCAAUUGAGCUAAAUAUGGACUGCAACGGCAAGACGUUUGGAUGGAGUUACGCUGGUGCAUUUGAAGCUCAGAAUGCUGGAGAUUCAAUCUCCUGUAAUGAAGAAAUAGUGGACAGGAACUUGUCUUCUGAUAGAAUGCAAAAGAAACCUAGCUACCUAGAAAGACAAAUUUCAGACGGAAUUGUGUGGGAAUUCAACAGCAAACCGAAAGAAGAUUCAGAUGGUCUGAACGAGGAAAGAGUUUUUGAAUUUACAUCACAACAUCAAAAGGAGGAUUAUGAAAACGAAAUCCAGAGAUACAAGAUGAUAAAAGAUCUAAGGGACCAUAUUGUUUCUGGUUCUGGGUUGGCCAUGUUGCAGGGGGCAGCAUAAAGCCAAUGUUGCAGAGGACAGCCUGCAAGAGUUCAAACAUGUUUGACUGGAUCAAAAGUUUUAUUUUCUUUACUUAAUUUUUUCUACACUGCAGAUUCUCGCAUUUGCCUAAACUGAAUGUGUAUAGAAUUUUGUAUCAGAUUUAUAAAGUUCAAGUGUACAAAUUAUGCUACAA